GUACAUCUACUGCGAUGAGAUCGAGCUGUGUGCCGACACGGUGCUCGCCACGCUCUACGCUGCUAAGAAGUACAUGGUGCCUCACCUGGCGCGGGCCUGCGUCAGCUUCCUGGAGACGAGCCUGAGUGCGAAGAACGCCUGCGUGCUGCUGUCUCAGAGCUGCCUGUUCGAGGAACCGGACCUGACGCAGCGCUGCUGGGAGGUGAUCGACGCGCAGGCCGAGCUGGCGCUGCGCUCCGAGGGCUUCUGUGACAUCGACGCGCAGACGCUGGAGAGCAUCCUGCGGCGCGAGACGCUCAACGCCAAGGAGACGGCGGUGCUGGAGGCGGCGCUGAACUGGGCCGAGGCCGAGUGCCAGAGGCGGGACCUGCCGCCCAGCAUGGAGAACAGGCGGCUGGUUCUGGGCAAGGCCAUCUACCUGAUCCGGGUGCCCACCAUGGCGCUGGAGGACUUCGCCAACGGGGCGGCGCAGUGCGGCGUGCUGACGCUCAACGAGACCAACGACAUCUUCCUGUGGUACACGGCCUCCAAGAAACCGGACCUGCUGUUCUGCACGCGGCCCAGGACGGGCCUGGCGCCGCAGCGCUGCCACCGCUUCCAGUCCUGCGCCUACCGCAGCAACCAGUGGCGGUACCGCGGCCGCUGCGACAGCAUCCAGUUYGCCGUGGACCGGCGGGUCUUCRUUGCGGGCUUCGGACUCUACGGGUCCAGCUGCGGUUCUGCUGAGUACAGCGCCAAGAUGGAGCUGAAGCGGCAGGGCGUGCCCGUGGCCCAGAGGAUCAUCAAGUACUUCUCAGACGGGUCCAGCAGCACCUUCCCCGUCUGGUUCGACUACCCGGUCCAGAUAGAACCCGACACCUUCUACACGGCCAGCGUGGUUCUGGACGGGAACGAGCUCAGCUACUUCGGGCAGGAGGGCAUGACCGAGGUCCAGUGUGGCAAGGUCACCUUCCAGUUCCAGUGCUCCUCGGACAGCACCAACGGGACCGGGGUCCAGGGGGGCCAGAUCCCAGA